UGCAGCUUGCUCAUGUCUAGUUGAUACCCCAUGUGAAAGCCGGACAAACCAGGACCAUGUCUGCAGACCCUUCCUCCUUCGCGUCCGCCGCCAAGUGCGCCAGCAAACAUCUCAACUUAAACCUCUAUGUCGACUUUGACAAACAUGUUAUCAGAGCCACGGUGGAGAUCACAGUGGAGGUUCUGGAGGACCGGUUCUCCUCUCUGACUUUGGACACCAGAGACUUGAAGGUGAUCUCAGUCACUGCCAACGGGCAGGAGGCCCGCUUUACGAUGGGCCCCAAACACGCCUUCAAAGGGGCUCCACUGGAGAUCACGCUGCCCUUUGACCUUUCCAGAGGGCAGAAUGUCAUUGUAGGCGUGACCUAUGAGACGUCACCAGGUGCACCUGCCUUACAGUGGCUGACACCUGAACAGACGGCGGGCAAGAAGCAUCCGUACCUGUUUAGUCAGUGCCAGGCUCAUCACUGCAGGAGUAUGGUCCCUUGUCAGGACAGCCCAUCCAUCAAACACACCUACUAUGCUCAGGUGUCUGUCCCCAAAGAACUGGUUGCGGCUAUGAGCGCACUGAGAGACGGUCAGGAAGUGGACCCUCAGGACAGUCAUCGAAUGGUUUAUCGCUUCAGACAGCCGGUGCCAAUGCCCUCUUACCUUAUUGCCUUGGUGGUUGGCGCUCUGGAGAGCAGGAAGAUCGGGCCCAGGACAAAAGUCUGGUCUGAGAAGGAGUUUGUGGACCGUGCGGCAUUUGAGUUCUCUGAGACCGAGACCAUGUUGAAGACAGCUGAAAACCUGGCAGGUCCAUAUGUUUGGGGACAGUAUGACAUUCUGGUCCUGCCGCCAUCUUUUCCGUACGGCGGAAUGGAAAACCCAUGUCUGACCUUUGCCACGCCCACUCUGCUUGCCGGAGACAAGUCGUUAUCUAACGUGAUUGCUCAUGAGAUCUCCCACAGCUGGACAGGUAACCUGGUGACCAACAAGACCUGGGAACACUUUUGGCUUAACGAAGGUCACACGGUCUACCUGGAGAGGAUGAUUGGUAGACGUCUAGAGGGGGAACAGUUCCGACAGUUCAAGGCCAUGGGGGGCUGGAAGGACCUCCAGGACUCUGUGAGCACAUUUGGAGACAAAAACCCUCUGACCAACCUGGUGCCGAGUCUGCAGGAUGUGGACCCUGACGACGCCUUCUCCUCCGUCCCCUACGAGAAGGGCUUCGCUCUACUUUACCACCUGGAGGAACUGCUGGGCGGUCCUGAGGUCUUCAUGGGCUUCGUCAAGUCGUACAUUCAGCUCUUUGCCUACAGCAGCGUCACCACAGAGCAGUGGAAGGACUUCCUGUUCACCUACUUCCAAGACAAGGUGGAUGUCCUGAAUAAGGUGGACUGGAAUGCGUGGAUGUUCACUCCAGGGAUGCCUCCAGUUAAACCACGCUAUGACACCACGCUGGCCGACGCCUGCAUUGCUCUUUGUCAACGAUGGGUCCAGGCCAAAGAGCAGGAUCUUAACGGCUUCAGUGAGUCUGAUGUGAAGAAACUGUCUUCCCACCAACUCAUCGAGUUUUUCUCGCUUCUCCUCCAGGAGGAGCCGCUUCCUCUGAGCCACGUCAAGAAGAUGCAGGAGGUCUACGAUCUCAACUCGUGCAUGAAUGCAGAGGUCCGCUUUAGGUGGCUGCGACUCUGCGUGCGGUCACGAUGGGAGGAGGCGGUUCCCAUGGCGCUAAAGAUGGCGACUGAGCAGGGCAGAAUGAAGUUCACGCGACCGCUCUUCAGGGAGGUCUUCAACUUUGAGAAGUACCGCGAGGAAGCGGUGCGCGUGUUCCUUGCUCGUCGGGGCACCAUGCACCCCGUGACCUCUGGACUGGUGUCCAAAGACAUGAAGGUAUCAGGGGACCAGUAGAGGGCCAAACACAGCCGCAGAAGAAAUAUCUGAGAAAU